UAUCAAUUCGUGGUAUUAACUUCAGGGAUACUCCAUACACAUAUAUGGAUCCUCAUGGAAUGCCUUCUGGAGGUGAUUGGGCACUGGAGAGAACUGGUGCAUUGUUCUUUGAAGGAACUGAGAAUCUUCUAAUUGAGAGUUGCAUCUUUGAAGUCCUUGAUGGUAAUGGUAUUAUGAUCUCAGGAUAUAAUCGAUUUGGUAACAUAACAACCAAUGAGUUUAGAUGGCUUGGUAGCACUGCCAUUGCAUUGUGGGGAUACACAAGUGGUACUGAUGUUCCAGGAAUGGGUUGGGAUGGAACUGAUGGGAAUCAACCACGUAACAUGAGCAUCAUGUACAACUUUGUUCACGAGCUAGGCAUAUGGGAGAAACAAUCAUCCUUUUACUUUCAAGCAAAAUCAUGUCAGAAUACCAUCAUGGGGAACAUUAACUUCAAUGGACCUCGUGCUGGAAUCAAUUUCAACGAUGGAUUUGGUGGACAAAGUACUGUAGCUGAGAACCUACAGUUCAAUACCUGUCGUGAAUCUGGGGAUCAUGGUCCAUUCAAUAGCUGGGACAGACAAGUAUUUGUUACUAAAGUUCGAAACGGUACAGCUAGUCCUGAAAAAGAUUGGGAUUACAUAUAUUCUAACUUUAUGAUAGCUAAUUACGAUAGCAAACUGGCCAUUGAUAAUGAUGAUGGCUCCAACUAUUACAAAACACAUGAUAAUUUCUUUGCUUACAGUAGCCGAGGAAUGAAGAACGACUUUGGAGGGCAUGACAAUCGCCAUUAUAACAAUAUAUAUGCUUAUGUUGGCACAGGGUUCAUUAUUAAUGGCCAAUUGAAGGGACAUGAAGAUUAUUUCUAUAACAACACAGUUGUUCAAACAUCUGAUGGCAAUUAUGGUACUCCAACAUGUUCUGGGGACGGAAAGACAGUUGUCCAUGAUAACAAAAUUUAUACUCCAAAUGGUAAAGUGACAGAAUGCAAAAUGAGUCUUGCUGAAUGGCAAGCCAAAGGUAAUGAUCCUGGUACAAUAGCCGGUAAAUGGCCCGAGGAUGAUGUCCUUAUUAAAAUGAUUGCUGAUUUGCUGAGCUUAUCUUAAAAUGCUAUAAAACUUGCACAUGCUUUUUAUAUAGAGUGCUGCUAUACACGUUGCCAUUAGAAUUUAGCAUGCUACUCAAUUUUUAAUAAUA